AUGUCGCGUGUACGGCUGGGUUACCGGGAGUGGAGCCUCUUUGAGCUCUUCGAGACAGCAUCAGCCAUGUUACAAGAGCGACAGAGAGAUCUUGACUGCCGAGCAGCUUUCAACGGGGUCGUGAUGAGCCUUGGCUCCACCUGGGAGCAGAAUCGAUAG